UUUAAAACGAGGUUCGACGAAAAUUGAACAAAAUCGAACAAUCUAAAUAUUAGAGUCUACUAGUUUUAGCGAUAAUGGCAAGAAACUCAGAAAAAGCGAUGACAAAGUUGGCCAGAUGGUUGGCAGCUAAAGAUGGCCAUGAUCUCGUUCCAGAGAGACGUCCCUACCUGGCUACAGAGUGUGACAACUUACAAAAGGCAGAAAAAUGGAGGCGACAGAUCAUCGGUGAAAUUUCCAGAAAGGUUGCUCAGAUACAAAAUGCUGGUCUAGGGGAGUUCAAACUGAGAGACCUAAAUGAUGAGAUUAACAAACUUCUACGUGAGAAAGGGCACUGGGAGGAUCAAAUCAAAGAACUUGGUGGGCCUGACUACAGAAAAAUUGGCCCCAAGAUGCUUGACCAUGAAGGGAAAGAGGUCCCUGGAAACAGAGGAUACAAGUACUUUGGGGCUGCCAAGGACCUCCCUGGGGUCAAGGAAUUAUUUGAACAAGCCCCUGUUGCAGCUGCGAGGAAAACAAGAGCAGAAUUGAUGAAGGAUAUUGAUGCUGAUUACUAUGGUUACAGAGAUGAGGAUGAUGGUGUACUCUUACCUUUAGAGUUAGCUCAUGAAAAAGAAGUGAUUGCCAACAAGGUAGCAGAGUGGAGGGCCAAGAAGGAGGGCAAACUGUCAGGGGAGACCAGUAAACAGGAGGGGGAUGAGGACAAAGAAGAAGAAAAUAUAUAUGCAGUAACUGAAGAUCCUAUUUCUGAUGAAGAAGGUGAAAGCAGAGAGGAAGAUAUGGAGACAGGAGAACAAGGACAACAAUUUAUAGCACACGUACCAGUUCCAUCACAAAAAGAUAUUGAGGAAGCUUUAUUAUUAAGAAAAAAGAGAGAACUUUUAGAAAAAUAUGCCAGUGAGUCAUUACAAACAGAAACUGAUGAAUCCAAACAAUUACUUGGAUUAUAGUAGCACUGGACUGAAUAUAGAAUGUGUUAUGGAAGGUAUCAGAAUGCUCAUGGUCUAACCGAAGCAUUUGUGGACCUAAGUAUAUUGGGGAUUUUUGCACCUCAGUGUGUUGGGGUUGCUGGACCUCAAUUUGUUAGGGACUCCUGCAACUCAAUUU